CUGGGUGGUGAAGACGCAGUUGAAGUUCAGCUGAGUGAGUUGAUUUGCAGAGGAAGCAAUUUCUGUCCAUUUCUGUGAGAAAAGCUGUGAAAACCAGAGAAAUUGUGAUUGUAAUGGAAAAGGCGAAGAUACAGGAGAAGCUUAACAAGUACAAAUUGGUGGUGAAGCGAUGGGAGAAGGAAUUCAAGGAGAAAAACAAGCGGAUUCCAUCAAAGCACGACAUCCGAGAGGCCAGGAAGGAGAUCAAGGAUGCCUACAAGAUGUACUACAAGAUCACGACUUCCCUGUUGAGUAAUACACUCACGGACGCUCUCGAUGACGACGAUGAAGUCUUUCCCUCGGAUCCGCACGAUUCCUCCAACAGUUUGUCAAACAGUGACGCUCACUCGCCGGGAAAUGGCAUGGACUCAUCGGCACUGGACACUCCCGAAGUGCUGGCCAACGAGAAGGCCUGGGGAAGUCAUCUGUGUCGAAAGACCGCGUCGAAGGCGAAGAAAGAGCCUCCGAAGAGAGCCUCAAUGACGCUGGCAAAUAAGUUGAGUUCCUCAAUGACAUUCUCAAAGAGGAAUCCCAGGAAAUCCUUCAAGCGCCUCAAUUCCUCAGCCUCAGACAAGAGCGACGGCUCACGCGCUGCUCCUUCGCUGGACAUCCCGGACUUUGAGACGCUGCUGUCUCAGCGAUCCUUUCAAUUGCCCGAAAUUGCCGCAACUUCGGCAAGUGAUAAGAAAACGCUGAGUGCGGAGAAGAAAUUCGAUCCGGGAUGGAUUGAGCGGUGCGGUGAGAAUUCUGGCAAAGUUGCCAGUGCAGUUACCAAGCAAGCAGACUCUGACGCAUCUGUAGUGGAGGACAGCGAAGAUGAAGCGACAAUUCUGAGUCAGCAAUCUGUCCGGCAUGUGCUGAAGAAGCGCAGAGUCUUCAGUUCCAUUCACAAUCGCCAGGCGAGGGAGAUGGAGAGCAGAUUGCGGGCUCAGGAGGAGGCUAAGAAGUGUGAAGAGGAGACUGAAGAGCCUGUAAAAUCUCCCAAGAAAGCCCCGAAGAGAACUCGUGGGAAAAAUGACGUGAAUUACAGAGAAGAUUUUUCCGAUGAUUCGCCUGAAGAGAAGAUAAAAGACAAGAAUCCCAUAAAACCGACUGCAGAGCAUUACGUUCCUCCACUGGACACAGAACUGACCAAGAAGGCUCCUCGAGUGGAUCAGGACUUUCUCUCAGAGAGUGAGAAACUCUUCGACUCUUAUCUGAGUCAGAAUCUUCCGGAUGGCAAAGAUUGCGCUGGUGAAAGUGCAGCGAAAGCCUCGAAGGAGGAGAAACUCCUGAAGAAAGUGUCUUCGGGAAAGGCAAAUGAGAAUUACGUGCGAAUUAACAUGAAGAAGAAGGUGUUUGUGCGCGGGAAGAAGACACUGAACUACUCGAGAUACAAGAAGACGCUGUGGAGGAAGAAGAAAGCCGCUGCGCUGCUGGAUGACAAGGGAUGCGAUGGGGAAGAGCUGAAGUGCUUCGAGUGUGGAUUGGCGGGACAUUUUGCUGCCAAGUGUCCCAGGAAGGAGAAUUUCCCCAGCUUUCCGCCAACUGAAGAAGCUGACGAGGAGUUUGUGGCGGAAUCUGAGCUUCAGACACUGGAAGAUGCGGCCAAGAGUGCUGUGGAACAGGGGAAUUACUUGGAUUCCACGGAAAUUGGUGAGAUUGCGAAGGAGCUUGAGCAGUCUCUCCAGGAGGACGACAGUCAGGAAGCUCUGUAUUCCUUGACUGAUGAUGGAGAGCUGAUGGAAACGCCUCAGGAAGUCACUGAGGCUCUCAAUCUCUUCGGCCAUGCGUCCUUCAGAGCUGGCCAGGAGAGAGCCAUCAUGAGAAUCCUCUCCGGAUUGUCCACUCUCGUGACACUCAACACAGGCAGCGGGAAAUCGCUCUGCUAUCAACUUCCUGCUCUUCUGUACAGUCGCCACAAGAAGGGCAUGACUCUGGUGAUUUCCCCACUUGUGUCUCUCAUGGAGGAUCAGAUUAGUGGCAUUCCCAGCUUCCUGAAUGCUCGAUGUCUUCACACGAAUCAGACGGAGAAGAUGAGGCAACUCGUGAAGCAUGAAUUGAGGGAAGGACGCGUGGAUUUGCUUUUGGUAUCGCCAGAAGCAGUCGCUUAUGGUGACAAGAAGUCGGAAUUCGGACAGAUCCUGAGCUCCUUGCCCAGGAUUGCCUUUGUCUGCAUCGACGAGGCUCACUGCUUAUCUCAGUGGAGCCACAACUUCCGCCCAAGCUAUCUUAUGCUCUGCAAGAUCCUGAAGGAGAAGCUGAAAGUGUCUGUGAUCCUGGGAUUGACAGCAACUGCCACGAAUUUGACCAGAGAUGGAAUUGUCCAGCAAAUUGGUGUUCCUGAUGGUCUUCGUGGUGUGAUUAGUGAUGUGCCUUUGCCGCAGAAUCUCAUCCUGACCGUCUCCGCAGACUCCAAUCGCGAGAAUGCCCUUAUGAAGCUCCUCGAGAGUCCCACACUCGCCGGCAAUUCGGUCAUCAUCUACUGCACACGCCGGGAAGAGUGUGAUCGCGUGGCGAAGCACAUCCGGACGACGACUGGUGGCGAUCAGGCGUCAGGGAGGAAGAGGAAGCGCGUGAAUUGGGUCGUGGAGAGUUAUCACGCGGGUCUGGUGGCGUCCAGAAGGCGCAGCAUUCAGAAUGCCUUCAUGAGUGGCGAACUGAAGAUUGUCGUGGCGACAAUUGCCUUCGGCAUGGGCAUCAACAAGGCGGAUAUCCGGGCAGUGAUUCACUUCAAUAUGCCAAAGAACUUUGAGAGUUACGUGCAGGAAAUCGGGAGAGCGGGACGCGAUGGCGCUGAGGCGCGUUGUCAUCUGUUCCUGGACGCCAGACGACGUGACAAGAUAGAAUUGCAGAGAUUCAUUUAUGCCAACUCAAUUGAUCGCUUCACUCUGCGACGCUUCUUGCGGAAGAUCUUCUGUCCGUGCGCCUGCAAGACAACAGGCAGCUGUCCAGGACACGAGAUCGCCUUCUCAGUGGAUGCCACGGUGCAGGAAUUAGAUGUUCCUGAGGAGAACAUCUCGACGCUUCUCUGCUAUCUUGAGCAACAAGUGGAAUCGAUUGAGGUGCUGAGCAAGGCUUAUGUGAAGUGCAAGAUUUUCUCCUAUGGCGGAGCAGAGCAGCUCCGGAGAGCCGCCAAGUCCUGUCCACCUCUCGCCAUGGCCAUCUCGAUGAAGAUCAAGGAGGGAAAGCUUCGAUCUGACGCCACAAGCUUAGAGUUCUCCACUGUGGACGUGGCGGCGGCGCUGGGAUGGGACAGUGGCGUGGUGAAGUAUCAGCUGAAGAACCUCGAGUGGAUGAGAAGCAAUAAUCGAUCCAGGAGGACUUCGAUUUCGGUACAAUUUGACGACAUCGGAUUCCGCAUUCGCGCUCCGGGAGAUUUCACGGACGAACAAAUGGACAACAUCCUCGAGAUGCUCAUCAAUCGGGUGGCGCAGCAGGAGAAUCUGGAGAUUUAUCAGCUGCAGAGCAUCUUUCAGGGCCUCUCGUCAGUUUCUUCCGCCACUCUGACCACGAUUCUCGACGAGAACACGACGAAAUCCUCUGACGAGCUGAAGACCAUCAUUCGACAGUACUUCGAGAGGACUCAAGUGGGCAAGAUCGAGGUGACUGAGGAGCCAGACGACACCACAGAUGAUCAGCUCGAGCGAGACAUUCGCUACAUGGUGGCCAACUAUCCGGACUGCAGCUUCACGGGAAGAUCUCUGGCCAGAAUCUUCCACGGCAUCUCCAGUCCCAACUUCCCGGCCAUCGUGUGGGGGCGCUGCAAGAUGUGGCGGGCACACACUCUGACCAACAUUCACCGCAUCAUCGCCCUGGCAAAUGCCAUCAUUCUCAAGAUGCGCUCGUAAAGUGUCUAAGAAGUGAAGAGAUUGUGGAUGAUGAAGCGCUCAUUUAGAUGAUAUUGUAAGAUAAAUAGUUUGUGGUA